CAGUGCGGCGAGUCAACCAUGCGGCUGGAACAACUUCCUAUGUGGCUGAGAACUGUGGCCUGUGGGCUUCUGCUUCUCCUCCUCCAUGUCCAAGGCCAGGACUCAGCCAGCCCCAUCAGGACCACUCUCACAGGGCAGGUGCGGGGCAGCCUCGUCCACGUGAAGGGCACCGAUGUGGGGGUCCACACCUUCCUGGGAAUUCCCUUUGCCAAGCCACCUCUAGGACCACUGCGGUUUGCGCCCCCUGAGCCUGCUGCACCUUGGAGUGGUGUGAGGGAUGGGACCUCCCACCCAGCCAUGUGUCUGCAAAAUGCUGACAAAAUGAAUGAACUGGCUAUGACCUUGUUGAAUCUGACCCUGCCUGCCAUCCCUGUGUCUGAGGAUUGCCUCUACCUCAGCAUCUACUCACCUGCCCAUGCCCAUGAGGGCUCCAACCUGCCUGUGAUGGUGUGGAUCCAUGGAGGUGCACUGGUUAUAGGCAUGGCUUCUUUGUAUGAUGGAUCCAUGCUGGCAGCCUUUGAAGACGUGGUGGUGGUCAUUAUCCAGUACCGCCUCGGUGUCCUGGGCUUCUUCAGCACUGGAGACCAGCACGCCACUGGCAACUGGGGCUACCUCGAUCAAGUGGCCGCCCUGCACUGGGUCCAACAGAAUAUCGCCCACUUCGGAGGCAAUCCUGACCGUGUCACCAUUUUUGGCGAGUCUGCAGGUGGCACAAGUGUGUCCUCACAUGUCGUGUCCCCCAUGUCCCAAGGACUCUUUCACGGUGCCAUCAUGGAGAGUGGGGUGGCCCUAGUGCCUGGCCUCAUCUCCAACUCCUCUGAGGUGGUCUACGCAGUGAUGGCCAACCUGUCUGCCUGUGAGCAGAUGGACUCAGAGGCCCUGGUGGACUGUUUGCGAGGCAAGAGUGAAGAGGAAAUGCUGGCUAUUACCAAGGCCUUCAAGAUCAUCCCUGGUGUGGUGGAUGGGUCCUUUCUGCCCAGGCACCCCCAAGAACUACUGGCCUCAGCUGAUUUUCAACCUGUCCCCAGCAUUAUUGGUGUCAACAAUCAUGAAUUUGGCUGGCUUCUACCCAGAGUGAGGUCCAUCUAUGACACCCAGAAGCAAAUAGACAGGAAGACAAUGCAGGAUAUUCUGCAGCACACAUCAGUACAGUUGAUGUUGCCUCCUGAAUGUGGUGACCUAUUGAUGGAAGAAUACAUGGGGGACACAGAGGACCCCCAGACUCUCCUAGUCCAGUAUUUGGAGAUAAUGGGAGAUGCCAUCUUCGUGGUACCUGCGCUUCAAGUAGCAAAUUUUCAGCGUUCCCAUGGCCCUGUCUACUUCUACGAGUUCCAGCAUCGGGCCAACUUCAUUAAAGACAUCAAGCCACCCCACGUGAAGGCUGACCAUGGUGAUGAGAUUCUCUUUGUCUUCGGAUCCUCCUUCUGCGGCAGCAAGGUUGACCUCACUGAGGAGGAGGAGCUGCUAAGCAGGAGGAUGAUGAAGUACUGGGCCAACUUUGCUCGGAAUGGGAACCCAAACAGUAAGGACCUGCCCCACUGGCCCAUGUUCAACCAAGAAGAGCAAUACCUGCAACUGAACAUCCAGCCCACUGUGGGCCGGGCCCUGAAGGUCUCCAAGCUGCAGUUCUGGACUAAGACUCUGCCCCAGAAGAUCCAGGAGCUCAAGGAGGCUAAGAAGAAGCAUACAGAGCUGUAG